AUUAAAUGGUGCCAUUAGAAAGUGCAACUUGUCCUGCAAAAAAUAAGCCCUCAUACAGCCGUGUGAAUGGUAAAAGAAACAAGUUAUGGCUCUGAGAAGGCUGGGAGCGAAAAACGAAAACCGCCAAAACAAAAAAAUCGCCAUGUCAGGAAGGGGUUAAUUCACAUACCAUCUCAUCCCUUCAUUGAACUUUGACCUAAACCUUUGCUGAAACAACCAAGAUGCAACCGUGCUGCUCGGUGCACUCUGCACUUUCGGGUUUCGUCAGCUCUGCCCUGUAGUUUCUAUAGAUCCGCACUCUGUAUGUUGGAAAUGUCGCGCAGAGCUGAUGAAACCCAUCAGUAUGGGGUAUGAAUAAUACUUUAACAUUUGUAUGUCUGUAUUUUUUUGUCCUAGGGAAAGGUGCAGCAAGUUUUGAUGAGUUUGGGAAUAAUAAAUACCAGAACCGUAGGACAAUGAGCAGCUCGGACAGAGCCAUGAUGAAUGCGUUUAAGGAAAUUUCCACUAUGGCAGACAGAAUAAACCUCCCCCGUAAUAUUAUUGAUCGGACAAAUAAUUUAUUUAAACAAGUGUAUGAACAGAAGAGCUUGAAGGGUAGAAGUAACGACGCCAUAGCUUCUGCAUGUCUGUAUAUUGCCUGUAGACAAGAAGGUGUACCCCGGACAUUUAAAGAAAUCUGCGCCGUCUCAAGGAUCUCCAAGAAAGAAAUUGGCAGAUGUUUUAAGCUGAUCUUGAAGGCGCUGGAAACAAAUGUGGAUUUGAUUACGACGGGAGUAAUGUCCAGGUUCUGUUCAAUGGGUCUCACCAAACAAGUGCAGAUGGCAGCUACUUACAUUGCACGCAAAGCUGUGGAGCUGGACUUGGCUGGAAGAAGUCCCAUAUCCGUGGCAGCUGCCAUUUACAUGGCUUCACAAGCAUCUGCUGAAAAGAGAACGCAGAAAGAAAUCGGUGACAUAGCCGGUGUAGCUGAUGUCACCAUCCGACUCUACAGACUCAUCUACCCACGGGCUCAGACUUGUUCCUGCAGACUUCAAGUUGACACACCCGUUGACAAUUCUGUCAUUCUGGGCUCUGUUGAGGAGGCGGUCUUAACGGUGAUUGACAGCUAUCUCUGUAUUCAGCCAUAG